AUGUCGCUCUCGAGCGUCUCCAGCUUUGACACAUCCUUCUCCACUACCGGUAUCAGCGCUACACCGACCACCGACCAUCCGCUCUACUACUUGACGGACGGCAAUCUCAAGCUUCAGCUAGACGAUAGAACGGUAUACAAUGUCCAUCGCUACUUCUUCAACGCGUACUCGAGCAGGUCGGCCGAGGAGUAUCCUGAAGUUGACGACAUACACCUGGUCGACGACGAGGAACCCGUGAGCAGGCUCCUCGAUGUCAGUCGGGAGGACUUCGACCGCUUCCUAUCCUUGAUCUAUCCAUCCGCAAUCGGCGUCCGCGACAUCUACACCGCCGACGAAUGGCUCUCCGUCCUUCGUCUCGCCACCCGAUGGUCCUUCGACGAGCUACGUGCCCUCGCCAUCCGUGAACUCGAACCCAUCGCAUCCGCGGUCGACAAGAUCGUCACCGCGCGCGAGCUGGGCAAGCCGGAAUGGCUCCUGCCCGCGCUCGUUGACGUAUGCAUGGCACCGAAGUGGAUGGGCUUGGAAGAUGCAGAGAGAUUGGGAAUGAAGACGGUCGUCGAGAUUGGCCGCAUCCGGGAGGAAAUGCGGGAGGCUGGGGACUGGGAUGGCGAGGAUGUGGCGCGGGCGAUGAAGAGGGCGGAGCUGGUCCAAGAGGUCAUAAGCGACGAGGACGAUGUCGAGCCUCAAGAAGCCGAAGCUAGAAGGUCCGAGGCGCCUUCAUCUCCCAAGAAGACAUUCGAUGAUCCUUCUGCCGACUCGCAAACUCCAGCCGCGCCAUAUUUCACACACAAAGACGUGUCCGUCUCUACUUCGCCUGUCAUCGAGCACUGCAUCGCUACUAUCUCCCGAGAUGCUUCGACGUCUACGUCUGAGGACGGCUCCGAUAUGAUAACUCGCGCUGUCACCCGCGACGCUGGCGACGUUGCCUUCCAUAACGCCAGCGCUCGCGGUGCAAUUGACGUCGCCGCCGCUGACGCCGCAUCCGUCACAGCCGAAGACGAAGGCAAGUCCAUUGCCACCGAAGACGAAGAGAUCCACGAGGCCCUACUAGUCUCCGCUGCACCGCUACAUGUGCUGGAGACCGCGUCCUCUGCGUGCGAUGCUACUGCCACGCCACGCGAUGCUGCUGCCACCCCGGACGACGCCGCAAACCCGAAUGACACCCCUGCGGCUAUGCCUGAGCCUCCCCCUGAGACCCUUGAAGUCGCGCAGGAAGCCCUCGCGUCUGCAGAGCGCGGCGAAAAGCCCGACGCGCCCGCGGGAGGGCUUGACACUCUUGUUGACAGUGCCUCGAAGCUCGACGCACCCACCGGCGAGCUAUCCGCACUCACGGAGGAGCUCGCCGCGCCUGAGGACCCCGCAUACCCCAGCCGACGCCUCGACCACCUUCACCGCCGUCAUCUCCGCUCUGCAGGAGGGCUCGACGGCGGAGGAGUGGAGGAUGCGGCGAACGUGAUGCCCGCGGUUGUGGAACCCAGUCCGUCCUCCUCUCUGUCGAAGGGCGAGUCGUCCCAGGCGUCCAGUUCGAUGGCGAAGGCCCCUCCCUUAGCGAAGCCUGUGCCUGCGACGCCAACGCCCUCGUCAACGACGCCCACACUUGCGAUGCCCGGUCGCAAACGGCAGGCCUCUUACUCUACUUGUACCUCCGCUAUGGAUGGCCAGGAGCCUCCCACGAAGCCUCUCGUCCAAGCGCAUGCCAAGGUUGCAGUAGCACCCAAGCCUGCAUCGCCACCGCCUUGCCCAAAGUCACGCUCUCGCAGUCCUGGCACCUCCGCUGCUGCGGCUUCUUCCAAUCUUCUGCACAAGAAAGCUUUCGAGAAGGAGGCGAAGACUGCUCGGGUCAAUGACCCGAAGGCCUCGCCGUACUCUGGAGUGCCCUUCACUGACAUGGUUGACGAAUCCCGAGUGUCGCCGUCGAAGAAGCCGGCGAAGGAACAGCGCGCAGCUACUAGGCCUUCGCUUUCCACCAAAGCGCCAGCGCUGGCACCUGUCCCGGGAAAGCCAGCUACGCCAGUGAAGCCAGUCCAGGCGCCCGCUCUGGUGAAGUCAGCCUCUGCUUCACCACCACCUCCCCCGCGCUACCCAGCUCAAUCGCCGGCCCAACCUUCGUGGAUUCCCGCUCAGUCGUCCGCUCGCAAGCAUACAUACUGGGCGGAUGAACUCAAACCUGGGGACAAACCUCCUCCGGAGAAGGUUACUACGCCUUGGAACGCGCCCAACACAACCUCGCCCUCUCGGCGGUACUCCACCCACGACGACUAUGGCGCAUACGGAUACUCGUCAUCGCGCGGCGGAUGGGACGAGGACGGGUGGAAUCUUGGCGCCACCGCAUCCAGGACCAGCAAGUCCACCCAGUCUUCUUUAGGGCCCUCGCGCCGCAAGACGUCAGAGCAUUCCUCCGCGUCCCGGUCCUCAUAUAGCUACUUCGGAGCUCCCCGGUUCCAGAGGCUGUCGAAGGAGGAGGUGAAGGAGCAGCAGAAAAAGAAUCCGAUGUUCGGCAUUUUUGCGACCUUUGACGACUAGCGUGCAUCUGAGUACACCCUGCCCACCUCUCUGGAGCUCUGUGUGCAGACAAUCUUGCAAUCAAUUGAACGAAGG